AUGUCCAACUCAGAGAAGAAUUUCUCCAACUGGUCUGCCAAGGUAGAUCAAAUAAUGAACAGCAUCGACCUCAAAAAGACGAGGAUCACUUCGCCGGACGAAAUGACACCUAUAACCAGCUACUCACUGGGAGUUAACCUCAUUCCAUAUCACGAGUUCAGCAGUACCGUAAGGCCAGAAGUUCGACAGGAGAUCCUCGAGUACAUGGAAGCUGAGCUGGAAAAGUACGAGCAGUCAAGGAAGAAGAAGAGCUCAGAAGAGGCGGACCGGCUGCGAGCCGAGGGCAAUACUCACUACCAAAGGAAGAACUUUGACGCGGCACUGCACUCCUACACAAUGUCCAUUCUCUAUGCUCCAGUGCAGUCAGAGGGCGGAGACGAGGCGGAUAAGAAGUCCUCCAGUCUGGCUCUGGGCUAUGGCAAUCGCUCUGCGACCUUCUUCGAGAUUGGCCAGUGGGCGAGCGUACUGGCGGACAUUGAGCACGCCCUUGAGGCCGGCCACCAGGGCGUGGGUAAGCUGCUGCUGCGAAAGGCUGAUGCACUGAUCAACCUGAGAAAGUUCGAAAUGGCCAAAGUGGUGCUCAAGGACAGCCGCCUCAAGCAAGACCCCAGCCUCGAAGGAACUGUCAUUGGACGUCUGGUCACCGUGGAGAGGAGUCUUAGAGCAGCUAAAGCGCAGCAGUCUCCACUGAAUGAAAUCAGCAUUCCGCCUUCUGAAUUUCCCCCUCUUUCUGAGAUCAUCUCCUCGCUUUCCACCUUCAGUGAUCACCCUUACGAGCCCUCGGAACAAAUACCCUCGCUAAGUCGCAAGUUGGAGGUGCGAUCUAGCCCAGAGAAGGGGCGUCAUUUGGUGGCCACGGAGCCCAUUUCGCCGGGAGAGAUUCUCGCCGUUGAGCUGCCCUACGCCAGUGUUCUGGUGAAGAAGGAGGAGCUGAGCUACUGCCAUCACUGCUGCCGCCGCCUGAAGACGGACCAGUUUGCGGUGCUGCCGGAGGAGCACAAUCUGGGCGACAAACUGGGCAAUGCUCAGCGCAUGGAAG